UCUGUUUUUUCUUUUCCGCAGGUGUAAGGCAACGCCACCUCACCAUUUUCAAACACGCAACGGACGUUUUACGAGCAAAAAUUUCGGCGGACGCGCUCUCCGUGCGAGACGCGACGAGGCCUUUUGACGCGCGCUUUUAUUUUGACAGCGGCCUUUCGACGCGCGCUUUUAUUUUGACAGCGGCCGACCGGAUGUUGCUCCGCGGCGGCCGUCGGCGAGCGGCGCGGCGCGGCGGACGGAAGACGGAAGACCGAUCGUGACGGAGCAGCGGGGGGCGAGUCGUAAUCCGGUUCCCGGAGGUCCUGCUGAUCACCGUCACCCCUAUCCGAAACGUCAGGGACGUCUCACUUCAGGGCUCCGGAAGAAAAAACCCUCCCCCCCCCUCUCCCCCUCAAACCGAGGACGCCCCCCGGCCCGGCCCCCCUCCCCCGAGUCGGAAUCGUUGCGAAAUCUCGUUCCUCGCCGCGGAACUAACGCUCCUAACGGACGCGCGGCCGCGGCGACCCGGACCGCCGAUGAGAGGACGGGCAGGAAGCCGGACCGCUUUUAUCCGCCUUGCCGGGGAAAGCCUUUAACGCGUGGCCACCGCGCGUUACCUCCCCCCCGGCGUGUCGUAACCCCGGGUCGGCUCGACGUGGGCUGACCUGUUAUGGAAGAAGCGCCCCUGUGCUGGCUGGCUGGCCGGGCCGUCUGACGACUGGGGGCUGACUGGCCGCCGCUAGUUUCCCGAGACGAGAGUUUUGAUUUUUUAGAUUUUUAUGGUAUUUACAUGAGGGGGGAGGCUGUAACGUAAUGCGGCUGUCGAACUGAAACUAAACCCCCCCCCUCUCUCCCAAAAAACCCCGGAUCACAUCUGUGCCUUACAGCAUGGACUGGACGGCCGCUGCGGCUCGCCUUUCUCCUCGCGCGCGCGGUCGGAGCUGACGGUGCGUGCGUGUGUAUGCGUGUGUGUGGAGAGACCAUGGUGGAGGACACGCCGACGCCCUCCACGCCGAAGAGAAACAAUUCUUUGUUUGUUUUGGACGUCGUAUAAACUGCUCCCCGGUUCGUCUCGUCUGCCCCCCCUUCCUCCUCCUCCUCCCUCCCUCCCUCCUCCCCCCGUGACAGUUUCCACGUCGCUUGGCUAUUGUUGACUGUCGCGCCGAUUUCGGUGCCCUCGCAGUCGGUAGUUGUUGUUUUUUUUGUUGUUUGUUGUUGUUUGUUGUUGUUGUGCGGGUGCGGGUGGCCUGGAGGCACGGCGGACGGUCAUGUUUGCCGUGCGCAUCGUUACCGCAGACUAUUACCUGGCGAGUCCCGUCAAAGACCUGGACGUCUGCUACUCGGAGUUCCGGGAGAGUGACGUGAGGAGAGUCCCGGUGGUGCGGAUAUUCGGCGCAACACCUGCAGGCCAGAAGACGUGUCUUCACCUCCAUGGCGUGUUCCCUUACAUCUACGUGCCCUACGAUGGCCACGGCCCGCAGCCGGAGCGCUACCUGCGCCAGGUGGCCUUCAGCAUCGACAGGGCCCUCAACGUGGCCAUGGGGAACCCCGCCUCCAGGAUGCAGCACGUCUUCAAGGUGGUGCUGGUCUCCGGCAUGCCUUUCUACGGCUACCACGCCAGGGAGAAGCAGUUCAUGAAGAUCUACCUGUACAACCCUCAGAUGGUGAAAAGGGUAUGCGAGCUAUUGCAAGGCGGCGCAGUGAUGAACAAGGUCUACCAGCCACAUGAGGGCCACAUCCCUUACCUGCUGCAGCUCUUCAUCGACUACAACCUGUACGGCAUGAACCUGGUCAACCUGGGGGCCAUCAAGUUCCGCAGGAGCCGGCCGAAAGAGGCCCCGGGCCAGCAGGCCCCCAGCAGCCAUCCCAUUGCCAGCCCAUUGAGGAGCCCCUGCACCCCCAAGCUCAACGACAGCACGCUGGGAGGCACGUUUGUCCGCUGGGAGGAGGACGCCAUACCCUGCUCUCUGGUCCUGGAGGAGGUAGAGAGGCAGAGCACCUGUGAGCUGGAGGCCGACGCCGUGGCGGCAGACAUCCUAAACCACCUGGAGACCGAGAGUCAGGUAGGCAGGAACCCAGGCCUGCAGGCCAUCUGGGAGGACGAGAAGCAGAGGAGGAGAGAGAAGAACCAGGCCUCCCUGAUAGAGACACCUGAAUCACAAGAUCGUGGGUUUGUCGCCUUGACAGAGAGCGAGGAGAUCUUCAUGAGGAGGUUCAAGGAGAUCCUAAAAGAGAAUAACUUCGACGUGACCCAGUCCAGUUCUGCUCUGGGCGACGGAGAGGAACAAGAGAUUUCCCCGGGCGAUCUGUCGCUUCACCCCGACAUCCCCACGCCGGGGGAGCUUCUGUGUACGGCCGCCAACCAGGUGGAGGUGCACAGAGACUCACAACCAGACUUCGUGAGGAGCAGCGGGAAAGUUCUGGAGGAGGCGGUCGUCGAUGAAGAGGCCAUCUUGAGUCUCCUUGAGAGCAGUCACUCCUUCCUCCCUCUCUCCCAAAGAUCCAGCCACUCGCCUCUAUUAGAUGGCAGCCAAGACCACACAAUGGUGAAUUUGCUCGCAAGCCUUGAGGAUGAUGGUUUCAGAGCAGCUCCCAUGAGGCAGAAUUCCCAGUCACAGCCUCUUCCCGGCUCUGGGAACUUUCACUACAACAGUGAUGAGGAGGAGGCGGGGCCAGAGCUGGACAAGGAAGAGGCGGAGCUCAGCAUAGUGAUGUCACAGAGAUGGGACAGCGACCCUCCAGAAAACUCUACAACAAGAAGGCCAGGUGUGAAAGAGGCAGAGGACAGCUUCAGUGAUGAGCCACAGGAAUCCUCUGAUGAGGAGAUGGAAUGGAGUGGGAACAGUGUGCUGUUCGCCAACCUGUCCAUCCCCCAGCUUGAUGGGGCCGCGGACGAGAGCAGCGAUUCAUCGUUAACAGACAGCGGCUCCAGGACUCACUCGUCUCUCACGGUCACAGAUAAGAUCUUGGCCAAGAGGAACCCCUUCCGCGGGGAGAUGGUCCACCUUGAGACCCCCUCCUCAGCCAAGGUCCUACUUGAAUGCAAGCACCCUGAGCACAGGCAGGCACGCGCGCUGGAUUCAGAGAAACCAGCUGACAAACACUUCCUCUCCAAGAGCAACCAGGACGGCAGCAGUGAAUGUUCAACGGGGUUCAAGGUGAAUAAAGAGAUCCCUUAUAUCCCACCAGUCAAGCACCCUAUCCCUUGCAAGAUUGCCAAUCACACCGAGGUCUCUCAGAUCUGUGCAAACAAGGAGGACGUCUGCCCCCUUUACACCUAUGAGAAGAAGACGACAAUGCCGCUGGAUGAGACGGAUCUAGACGGCUUUCCUUUUGGCAACAGAAAGAUCACACAGAGCAGGAAGAAGUAUGGCAGUAUAAAGAAUGUAGAGAAGAACUGUCUGUCCAUCCUCCAGAAUCACCGGACCUUCUCUCUGUGCUACUCAGAGCUGAGAAACUGUUCUACCAAGUCUGAGCUGGAGCUGAACCAGAAAGAGCGCAAAAGUCCUGUCUUAAGGAACAUUCCAUCAGCUGCCUCUCCCAUGGAGGAGAACGAGUUCCUGGCCCCUCGGGAGGAAGAGAUAGGCCAGGACAGCGAGGAGGGCGACAUCGGCGAGCUCAAGAUCAGGUACGAGGACUACCAGGAGAAUAAGACGGAAAGAACCAUUGUUGCCCAACAGGAGGCACACUACAAGUUCUUCCCCAGUGUCAUUCUGUCCAAUUGUCUCAGCAGGAAAAAGGGCGGAGGCAACAAACUGCAUGAUCCCUGCAGCAAGCUGGAACAGGCCCAGUCGCGGAGGUCCAGAUUGAAACUAAGCAAGAGGAGGCCUGGGGCAACAGCACAGAAGAAUAAGGUAACUGCAGAUGAUAGCCUUGCCUCCAUCAGCCAGGUCAGUACUGGCUUCACCUCCAUCAAACCUGUUUGUCCCUCAAGUAUGGAUAUGGAAACAUCUGUCACAGAAGACAAGCUAAUCAGUGACAACUUGCAGGUGAAAGAUAAACUUGUCAUGCAGGUAGAGCCAGUCAUAAAGGAGGAGCCAGUUAAUCAAGAAAAGCAAGUAACUGAACAGCCAGAACCACUUCCAGAGCCCCCUGCCCCUGAGCCCCCAACUAUUUCCAGUAGUUGUGAAUCAGCUAAAGCCACAGUGGAGGACAGGCUAGACCCACUGCCUGAACUUUCCUCUAAAGUCACCUGCACUAAGACCUCAGGGCUGCCUGGUAGCAAAUACACUCUGAGAGCAAAACGCAAGAUGAGCUAUGAUAGCGAGGAUGGAGAAUACUCAGGUGCCUCCCGGUUUAAAAACCCCCUCUCUAUCAAAAACCCACUUAAGGAUAGCCACAUCCCCAGUGGACAGGAAGUAAAGUGCCAGAAACGGCGCAAGAAGGAUCCCCCCAUUAUUAUCAAGUACAUCAUCAUCAACAGGUUUAAAGGGCAGAAAAACAUGCUGGUGAAGAUGGCCAAAGUGAAUGUAGAGGAGCAGUCAGUGGUGCUAACACCAGGUAAGCUGGAGAAGUACAACAAACUAGCCCCUCUUAAAGAUUAUUGGCCAAAGGUUCCGGAGUCUUCUGCCAUCAAGUUUCCCAUCACUGAGCCAAAGGCUAAGAAACACCCAAAACGAAAGACAAAGGUUAACUCUGCAACCAAGAAAGUGGUCAACACCUCCUCCAAACCUCGCGUUAGACAGGGUGAAAGGGUAAAAAGGACUAAAAGCUGCCAGAGAGGCCUGAAUUUGCCCUCCCUGCCCCCACCUCGACCUUGUUACUGUGAGCUAGCGGAUGACCAUGACUUGGAAUACAAGGAUGUCAUGGUAGAGCUUGGCUACCUCUCUGAGAGGUGCCCUAGCCCUACAGAUUCCACCCCUCCUCGCUGUUGGUCCCCCAGUGACCCCCUUAUGGACACCGGGUCCUCAGACCAGCUGAUUAACCCACUCAGAGACCCAUGUCUCAGUUCUGUCCUCCAUGAUCCCCCCCCUGUAGCAUCUUCAGCCAAAGGAUCACGCAGUAAAGGUCGAACUGCCAAACCUAAGAAAUCCAUAAACACUAAGAGCAGAGUAAACAAGGCUGCUAGCAAACUUCCUGAAGAAGAUGAAGCCAAAAAGGAGAAUACAAGGCGGAGCUGUGGCACUGCCCCUAGGAGGAGAAAGAAAGAGACGGGAAAAGCAGAAGCGGGCGCAGGCAGCUCAACCACCACCUCAAGGACUAGGAGGUCACGUAAAAAGGUCAAGGUUCCAGAACCCAAUUGCUGUUCAGGAAGUAAAGACUGUCACAGCUCAGAGCUUAUUUUCCCUGAGAAGGAACUGACUCAUUCAAAUAACACCUCUCAAGAGGUUCCUCCCUUUCAGCAGCAAGCAUGCAUAGCUAGACCCAGCCAGGACAGCUCUGAGUUGAUAUCUGUAUCAGACUCUCUUUCAUUUGUCCAGUUUAUAGAACCAAAGGUCGAGGACUGUGAGACUUCCAUCAUGGAGGUCAACCAAAGCUUCUCACAGUCAGAUAAGUUGCAGACUGAUUGUAGCCAGACCACCAUAGUCAAGGCGGAGGCUGUAACUGUGAAGUGCAUGGAUGCUCAGGUGAAACCAUUACCUGGAUCCUUGCCAGACAAUAAAGUAGGAGCCUUCCCACACUCAGGCCCAAGGAAUGGGGAAAUCCCCACACUGUCGGAGACCCCCUCUGGCUUAGCUGUCCUGAAAAAGCUCUUGCAGAAGAAGCAGCAGCAAGGAAAGGCCCUUCCUCUACAAGCCGUUGGCACAGAGAGCUCCACAAACACCACACUUGAACUGCCAGCGACACUAGAUCCCAAUUCCAAGCCUGCUAAAUCCAGGAGAGCCCCUGCUUCCAACCCUCGAAAACCUCGGGCCCAAAGAUCUACUGCUCCAAAGGAGAAGAAACCAAGAAAUAAGAAAGUCAAAGGAAGCAGCUCUCAGCCAGAGCUGCCAGUUAAGCAGGAGGCCUUCGUAGUCGAUGAUAGCCCCAUCUUUCUGUCAGACCCAGGACUAGACAGUUGCUACUUCAUAGAGGACAGCUUGUCCCCGGAACUUCCACACAACUACAAUUUUGACAUUAAUGCCAUUGAUCAGACCGAGUUCUCCAGCCCGUAUGCAGGCAGUCAGUUUGUUCUGACUGAUAAAAAUUUGCCACUCAAGUUUCUGAGUGAUGUCAGUCAGGAGGCGGUCCCUGCCUUGCCGCUGGGUUUUGAGAGGAGACUAUCUGCGCAAGGAGAGGAGCUUCAAAGGCGUUCUGAUUGGCACAAAACUAGGCCUCUCAGUCCAGACCUCUUUGAUAGGCCAGAGAACGGAGAGUCGUUAUCCAGUCACCUCACUUUCUUAGACACUGAGAAAAUCCUCAGGGGAAGGGAAUGGGGUUCCUCUUUAGGUAAAGCCCACAGCCUCAGCCCCUUUCAAGACUUUCACUGUGAGCGGAAAGAGCUGCUCUUUUCAGCCUUUGACUCCAUUGAGCCAAUGCGUUUAAGCUCCAUUUCCUAUGUGGAGAAUGAGAGCUCCCCAACAGGGGACCUCCUGGAGGGGAUCGAUGCCCUGACGUCCACCACACCCAGCAGUUCUCCUCGCUCCAUCAGCUCACUGUCCCAGGUGAGAGCCAGCCAGCUUCUCCGAGGGGUGGGAGGGGGAGCCCACAUCCUCAAGCCGCUCAUGUCCCCUCCAAGCCGGGAGGAGAUCCUCAGCACCCUUCAGGACUUGGAGAUGUCAGAGGCCACCUUCCAAGAGCCCUUCUGCAGCGACCCCUCCGACGCCCCAGGGAAACCCAUGGAGGUUGGUGGCCGUAAGCUGACAGUGGGCACCAGGCUGGUGAAGGAGCUGGCUGAGUUUAAUGGGGACCUCUGCCUGGAGGGGCUCCAUUUCUGGAAGACCGCCUUCUCUGCCAUGACCAACCCUUCCACCUCUGCUCCCUUCUCCUCCACCACCACCACCCGCCCCCAGGGAGACAAGACAUCGGCCGCAAGUGAGGAGCAUGCGGAGCUGGGCCCGUCCUUGUCCAAAGGGGACCAGAAGGUGGUCCUGCUGCCCUGCAGGAACCCCCCAAGCCGGGAGCGUGUGCAGCUGUGGCUGGAAGCCAGGAAACAGUACGAGCAUCUGCAGAGAGGAAGGAGAGAGGUGGGAAACAUAAAGGAAAGGGAUGGGCUGGUUGUGGACAUGCUCUCAGAGAGGCCCGACUCUUCAGCUGCCAUCAGCAGCCCAGGGGCAGAGGACAAACAGCGGGAAACAGCAUCCACUCGUAGAGGCAGGAAACACUUGCUGUCUUUAAAAAUGCCUGCUCCUGACAACGCCAGCUCUCGGGGCAGCCCCGUGGUGGUGAGUCCCGUGUUGGCUGUAGGUGUCUUGACCCCCAAGGAAGAAGGGGAGAAGGUGGGUGAAGGUGAAACCAGCUCUCCAGACUCCCCAGAUCUCCCUCCAUGGCAGGCUUCUUCCAAGUACAGCCUGUCAGGACCAGACGGGGUAGCGGUGCAAAGUGGUGGGGUGGGGUCUCCAGAGAUGCCCUCACCAAGACUCCUCACCUCCCCAGAGAGGACAGGGGAGAGACUGCUUCACACUCCCUCGCCUUUACCCAGCAGUGACUGGGAAGAGGGCAGGAUCAGUCCUCACCUUCUCCACAGCACCCCCUUCCUUAGGAGGCAGAAAGGGAGUGGGGGAGACCUGGAGCCAAUGUUCAGUACUCCCAUGACUGAAGCUGCUCCUAUCCUCUACGGCUCCACGUCCGUUCCCAUCAUCCUAUUUUCUGUUCCAGAGGAGCCCUUGUCCCAGAGACUUCAACAGAGGAGGAGGAGCCAAGCAGAGCCCCUGAGAAGAGUAUUACUGUCAACACAGAUGAAGAACCAGUUCGCUGCUCUGAAUGUGCCAAAGAAGGACAACUCUGGGAUCGAGGGCCCCAGUAUCAGUAAUUCAUACGGAUUCAAAGUCAGCAUGCAGAAUCUGCAGGAGGCCAAAGCUCUGCAUGAGGUUCAGUACCUGACGCUGAUGAGCAUGGAGCUCCACGCACGGACCCGACGUGACCUGGAGCCCGACCCGGAGUUUGAUCCCAUAUGUGCCUUAUUCUACUGCCUCAACUCUGACGCUCCCUUCCCGGACUCGGACCACAGCCAGCUCACCGGUGCCAUCGUGGUGGAGAAGGAUCCCCAAAGCGACGGUCGAGGUAAUCGAAGAACAGCGCCCCUGCUGGUCAGGUCGGGCGUCUCCGGGCUGCAGGUGACGUACACAGGUGACGAGAAGCAGCUGUUCCAGGAGCUGGUGACCAUCAUGAGAAGGUUCGACCCGGACAUCCUGGUGGGUUACGAGGUGCAGAUGCGUUCCUGGGGUUACCUCCUUCAGAGGGCAUCGGCGUUGGGGGUGGACCUGUGCCAGCAGCUGUCGCGGGUGCCAGGGGACUCCAAAGAGAACCGCUACACAGCAGACAGGGACGAAUACGGUGCUGACACCAUGACCGAGAUCAACAUCAUCGGCCGCAUCACCCUCAACCUGUGGAGGGUGAUGAAGACUGAGGUGACAUUGAACAACUACAGUUUUGAGAAUGUGGCCUUCCACGUGCUCCACCAGCGCUUCCCGCUGUACAGCCCUCGCACCCUCUCCGACUGGUUUGACCACAACACCGACCUCUACAGGUGGAAGAUGGUGGACCACUACGUGAGCCGUGUCCGUGGCACCACGCAGCUGCUGCAGCAGCAGGACAUUGUGGGCAGAACCAGCGAGCUGGCCAGAGUGUUCGGGAUCCAGUUCUACCACGUUCUGACCCGUGGAUCACAGUACCGUGUGGAGUCCAUGAUGCUGCGCGUGGCCAAGCCGUUGAACUACAUCCCUGUUACACCCAGCAUACAGCAGCGUGCCCAGCAGAGGGCGCCCCAGUCCAUCCCGCUGGUGAUGGAACCGGAGUCUCGCUUUUACAGCAACUCGGUGGUGGUGCUCGACUUCCAGUCGCUCUACCCUUCCAUCGUCAUCGCCUACAACUACUGUUUCUCCACCUGCCUGGGUCACGUGGACAGCCUGGGAACGCCCGAUGAGUUUAAGUUUGGCUGCACCUCCCUGAGGGUCCCCCCUGAGCUCCUCUACCAGCUCCGCAGCCACGUCACCGUGUCACCCAACGGCAUCGCCUUCGUCAAGUCCUCAGUGCGUAGGGGUGUCCUGCCGAGCAUGCUGGAGGAGAUCCUGAAUACGCGGAUCAUGGUGAAGCAGUCCUUGAAGGCCAACAAGCAGGACAAGGCCCUGACCAGGCUGCUGGACGCCAGGCAGCUCGGGCUCAAGCUCAUCGCCAAUGUCACGUUCGGCUACACCGCCGCCAACUACUCCGGACGCAUGCCCAGCGUGGAGGUGGGAGACAGCAUUGUGCACAAAGCCCGGGAGACUCUGGAGAGAGCCAUCCAGCUGGUCAACGGCACCAAGAAGUGGGGCGCCCAUGUUGUGUACGGAGACACUGACAGUAUGUUUGUAUUGUUGAAGGGGGCCACAAAAGAGCAAGCCUUCAAGAUUGGCAAUGAGAUCGCCGAGGCGGUGACGGCGACCAACCCCAAGCCCGUGAGGCUGAAGUUCGAGAAGUUGUACCUGCCGUGCGUGCUCCAGACAAAGAAGCGCUAUGUGGGCUACAUGUACGAGAGCCUGGACCAGAAAGAGCCCGUGUUCGACGCCAAGGGGAUCGAGACGGUGCGCCGCGACGGUUGCCCUGCUGUUUCCAAGAUUCUGGAGCGCUCCAUUAAGCUGCUGUUUGAGACCCGGGACAUCAGCCAGGUGAAGCAAUUUGUGCAACGCCAGUGCAUGAAGGUCCUGGAGGGGAGAGCCAGCAUGCAGGACCUGACGUUUGCCAAGGAGUACCGUGGCAGCGCCUCCUACAGGCCUGGUGCCUGCGUCCCUGCAUUGGAGCUCACCAGACGCAUGAUGGCCCACGACCGACGUCUGGAGCCACGUGUCGGGGAGCGCGUGCCCUACGUCAUCGUGUACGGGACGCCUGGCGUGUCCCUCAUCCAGCUGGUGCGGCGUCCCCUGGAGGUGUUCCAGGACCCCAACCUGCGACUCAACGCCACCUACUACAUCACCAAGCAGAUCCUGCCCCCGCUCGCCCGCUUGUUCCAGCUGAUCGGCGUGGACGUGUUCAGCUGGUACCAGGAGCUCCCCAGGAUCCACAAGGCGUCCGGUUCGACGGCGGCGGGCGGAGGAGAGGAAGUGGGCCGGAAAGGGACCAUCUCCCAGUACUUCACCACGCUGCACUGCCCCGUGUGUGACGAGCUGACCCAGCUGGGCGUGUGUGCGCGGUGCCGCGCCGAGCCGCAGCGCGUGGCCGUGACGUUGUACCAGGACAUACGCCAGUGGGAGAGCCAGCAAGAACAGCUGCUCAAGAUCUGCAGGAACUGUAGCGGCAGUGCCGAGCGUCAGGUGCCCUGCGUGUCCCUGGACUGCCCCGUGCUCUACAAGCUGUCCCAGGUCAACCGGCAGCUCUCCAAGGCCCCCUACCUCCGACAGCUCCUGGAGCAGUUCUGA